CGACUUUGACACGAGCGCUCAUCUCGCACUUACUUAGGUCGUGCAGCAAACACUUGGAGGCGUAGGAGAAGGAUGAAGGCGAUCAGGGGUGUGCUCUUGACGUGUGAUCCUGCGGUCAAGCAAAUUCUCCUCAUUUUGAAUGAGAAGUACAAUUCUUCCGGCGGAGGCGGCGGAUUCAUCAUCGAAGACCUUGACGACUGGCACAUAGUCAUAAAGGCGGACGAGGAAACGCGCGUACGGCGCGAGCUCGAGACUGAGCUAGAGAAGAAUACAUAUACUCUCGAAAAUUGACAGUUUUGUUAUGAUUCACCCACGUACGCGUAUUGUUCUGAAAGUGCGAGCUCAUCCAAUAUUGUGCAUGACUUCGUC